CAUAUAUGCAUGUGUAUGCAACCUUUUCCUUUUUCCCUCUAUAUAUAUACCAAGGUCUUUGUGCACUUCAAAGCAUAAACAUCUAUCCUUUAAUUCUGUCCACUUAAGGAGGAAGCAAGCUAAGGUCAGAUAACAAUGGCGGCACAACAAGCUCAUGGCGCGCACCAAUUAUCCAACAAGGAGAAAUCCGCAAUCGACGCGGCAGUGAAGGAGGCAGCAAACAACAUCAAGAAUGCAAAAGCAAGCCAAGAACAAUUGGUGGUGGUCACAGGAGUAAUGAAGAAUCUCCAGCCUAGGGCAUUGUCCCUCGCCAAAUCCCACGAAUGGACGGGACAUUACCUAGCCGAGCCUCCUAAGUCAAUGGAAGAAAGUGGUGCGUUUGUGCACGAGGGUGCGGCUUCGCAAGGGAACCUCCCAGUGGUUGUAGGCUCCAAAGCUUUUGUGAUAUACAGUCCCUUGGACAAAUCUCUUCCUGCUCUUGGAUGGUUGUUGGCUUGGAACAAACCUACUCAAAACUCUGAAGGAAUCAAUCAGGUGUAUGUGGAAGCUGGAGAUCUAGGCAGGCUGCUGAACAUGAAGGAGAGUGAAAUUGAAGAAAAACUGGAUGCAUCCCACGACGUAAGUCGCUACUGGGACAGCGUUACUGGUGCUGCUGCUGCUGCUCGAAUCGAAGGCGCUAAUGGCGCCAGAAUGGCUUUGGUUGGUUCCACCUUUGAUUAUCUCCCAAAUCUUCCCCGUCAGUAAAUCACCAUAAUGCUGUAUGGACUUACUAGAUCCAUCUGUAAUCUGUUUUUAUCGAACAAAGGGACACUAAUACUUACUUAAAUAACCUGCAUAUUCUACCAUGCACCUCUUAAUAUUGUCAUGUACUAUUAAGCUUAUUAUGAAUAAAUAGUGUCCCUUAGUUUUGUAAUUCUUGCAGAUGAACAUUCAAUAAUACUAUCUAUGCUUAGCUUA